AUGUUGGAUCAGAGUCGUCUAUAUUAUUGUCUCAUUGGAUUAUUUCUUUUUACUCAAACAAGUUCUUGCCAUAGAGUCAAUGCAAUAAAAAAUGUUGGAGCAUUUUGUGCUAAUGAUACAUCAAAAGGUGAUCCAAACUUGAAUCCUAUUGAUCAAGGUGAACCAAAAUUGAUAAAUAAAGUUCAAAAUGGUACACUUUAUCAGAUUGGUUCAGGUGAUGAUCAAAUCUACUUGAUUCAUGUUUAUGGUAAUUCAGGUUACGAUUUUGGUUAUGCUUAUGGUACAUUAUUACGUGAUGAAGUUAAUAAAGUUAUACCUCGUGCUUGGCAAUAUUUUGAGCAACAAAUUAUCGAUUCUUUGAAAAGUCUUAAAUUACCUAAAUGGUUUGAAGAUAUAAUCGCUGAUAAAGGUCUCGCGUUCGCAUUAGAUCUACAGAAUGAACUCGUCAGAGAGUAUAUUGAUGAAGAAAUCUAUAAUGAAAUGCAUGGUGUGGCUGAUGGAGCACAAAUUGAUUUUAAAACAGUCGUACGAUUACAUAUGCUUGGUGAAAUUACAAGAGGUCGAUGCUCACUAUAUGGUCUUUGGGGUAAUGCAACUCUCGGAGGAAAAACUUUGCAAUUACGUGCGUUAGAUUGGGAUGUUGAUGCUGGUUUACAAGAUUAUCCCGUUGUUACUAUUUAUCAUCCUGGUACAUCAAAAUUAGGUCAUCCCUUUGCUAAUGUUGCUUGGGCAGGUUAUAUUGGAACAUUAACUGGUAUGUCAUCACAACGUCUUGGUAUAUCUGAAAUUGGUGUUUCAUAUCCUGAUGAUACAUUUGGUGAUGAAAGUAUGAGUGGUCUACCGUUCAUCUUCGUUGAACGUUAUAUAUUACAAUACAGUGAUACAAUUGAUGAUGCUCUUUCAUUUAUUGCUGAUGUGAAACGUACAUGCCAUUUAAUUCUUGGUGUAGCUGAUGGAAACUUGGGCACAGCUCGUAUGAUUCAAUAUUCACAUUCAAAGGUCAACUUUUUUGAUGACCAAAACUUACAACCAUUAGCCGAUUGGCAUCCACGUAUUCCAAACGCUAUUUAUUCUGGUAUGGAUUGGCUAUGUCCAUCACGUCAAUUUAAAUUGUAUACUGCAAUCACGGAACAAUAUGGACAAAUAACACCGGAAUCCUCAAUUAAAAAUAUUACUGCAUACGUUAAAACAGGUGAUUUGCAUGUGGGUGUUUACGAUUUAACAGAUAAUGUUAUGUAUGUUGCUAAUGCACGCGGUACAAAUGAGCAAGGACCUCUAGAAGCGUACAAACGACAAUUUGUCAAAGUUGAUCUUAAUAUUGAAUUUGCUCGUCAACGAUAA